UACGUCAUGACGUACAGGGGUCAGCGUAAUGACGCCAUCACGUACAAGCGGAGCGGAAGUGAGCACACGAGACCACAGAAAACACGCGCACGUUGUACGAAAAUUUGAGAGACCAAUUUUGUCCCGCAGUCAAGCUCUUUGCAACGCAAUGGCCGUUCGAGCAUCCUUCGAGAAGAACAACGAGAUCGGCUGCUUCGCCAAACUCACCAACACGUACUGCCUGGUGGCUAUCGGCGGAGCGGAAAACUUUUACAGCGUGUUCGAAGGCGAGUUAUCCGAGACUAUCCCGGUGGUCCACGCUUCCAUCGCGGGAUGCCGCAUUAUCGGACGCAUGUGUGUGGGGAACCGUCACGGCCUGCUGGUCCCUAACAACACGACAGACCAGGAACUGCAGCACAUCUGCAAUUGUCUUCCUGCCUCGGUCAGCAUCCAGAGAGUGGAAGAGCGCCUUUCGGCGCUCGGCAACGUCAUCGCAUGUAACGACUACGUGGCGCUCGUCCAUCCGGAUCUGGACAGGGAGACAGAGGAGGUUCUGUGCGACACCCUGAAGGUGGAGGUGUUCCGCCAUACUGUGGCCGAUCAGGUUUUGGUGGGCUCCUACUGCGCCUUCAGCAACCGGGGUGGCCUGGUGCAUCCCAAGACCUCCAUCGAGGACCAGGAUGAGCUGUCCUCGCUUCUGCAGGUGCCCCUGGUGACGGGCACGGUGAACCGGGGCAGCGAGGUGAUUGCGGCGGGAAUGGUGGUCAACGACUGGUCGGCGUUCUGCGGACUGGACACCACCAGCACCGAGAUGUCCGUGAUCGAGAGCGUCUUCGGGCUGGGCGACAACGCGCGGCCCUCCGCCUUCACCGCCGCCAUGAGGGACUCGCUCAUUGACAGCAUGGCGUAAGAAGAGCAGCAGUCACAUGCCAUGUCACAUUUUGGACUUUGGGGGCGUGUCAUCAAGGGACACUUGAACGAGAUGGUGGCCUCAUCUCACCGCAAGGGGGCGGCCCGUCUGCCCCAUUCACCCGCCCCAUUCGACCACGAUUGCUCCGGUUGGCUGCGCAACAUUUGGCGGGCACGUCAAGAGCCGUCGGCAAUGAGCUCACAUGCUGUCAUGACAUCACGGCCUUCAGUUAUACGCUUAAGAAACGCAUUUUGUUUGAGCUCACUCAAACGAAGGCACAGACGGGCAGAUUGUCACUUUCCUUUUUCUUUCCCAAUGACAGUGCCGACGUCCUCCAAGGCUGUUAGUCAGCAUCAAAGUUGAUGGCAAUAAAAAGACAACUUUUCAACUGUG